AUGCACAAGAUCAGCAACUUCACAGGCCAGGCCCGGCAUGGCUGGGAACGGAUGACUCCUGCAGCAUUUGGCAUGUCUAGAUUCCACCAGGACAUGUCGACGCCGCAACCACUGAGACGUCCACAAGGCUCGCCAGGAAUUGUCUCCCCAUCGGCAUCCGAAGCCACCUCGGUCAACCUCUCCUUCAACGUGCCCUUUGCCUCGAGCCUUGCUGGCCCCAACCCCGACGAGAUCCUCCACUCGAGCCCUGGUGCUGUCCAACGAUGGACUUUUCCAGCGGGUACUCCAGAAGGCACACCUACGCACAAACUGCCUGUUCACGUUCAAAACGAGGAGAGACUGCGGUCUUUGUGUGCAUACAUCAGUGACCAGAGCGGAGGGCAUAUACAAGCGACUGUAACGUCGUCGGAGCCAAAAGCUGGUCCAGCGCUACAUCGAAAAUCCCAAGGUCUAGUGACAAAUGUCUGCAUAUCAGGAGACGGAGACCUGGUCUACAAAAUGAGGUCUAAGAUUCUGAACGAGACCCCGAUUAUGAUGCGCUCUGCUAUCGUCGACAUCGACCCGGCCUUGAUCUUAGACGGGGCAGAAACUGGAAUCCGCUCCAGUGUUCUUAGUCACAUUGACCUUUGUGCCAAAUAUACCGGAACAGAUAUCUUCCUCCUCAAACCUCGUAACGCCGAAUCGUCUGCUGCCAAUGCCUCUUACGGCAACGGUGUUGAUAGUGGCCUGGAUCAGCGUUAUCGAGUCAACAUUUUUGGAGAUAUGGAAAGUGUGGAACACGCAAAGACCCGGGCAUUGAUGAUGAUUGACCAGAUACUCAAGCACAAGAUCGACGUGAUCAAACUCGAGGUAUCGAUGCACACUUUGGUUUCAGGCCGUACCGGCAAAAACAUCAAGAUGAUUGAAUCGGCUACAAAAACUGCGAUUUAUUUCCCCCCGCCAUUUCCUGGCGUCUUUGGAUACGUACCCCCUCAUGCCACGCGUCGAGCUGCGGACGAGGUCUUCAUUACAGGAGAAACACAGGAACGGAUCAACCAGGCAAAGCAGAAGCUGAAAGAGCUGGUUAUGGGUAUCAAACUCUACUCCAAAGACGCUGUGGUGUCUGCAAGCAAAAUCGACAACAUCCUACUCGAUCGCCUCGACAAAGUUCGGAAAAUCAUGGAAACCAACGGUUCGCAUGUCCUUUUUCCACAGCUUGGCAGCCAGCGUGGACUCGUCCGAGUUCAGGGAACCGAAGUCCUUCAUGUCGAGAGGACGGUGAAGGAGAUUAUGGCACUUGCUGGCCAGUUCUUCAGUGCCUCAUGGUGGAUCAUGAUGCCUGAUCCCUCACAGGGCCCUGCUCUCCGCUCUCCAUCCCCCGAAGAUAUCCGGAUCAUGUUGAGCGACAUUUGCACAAACUCUGGCGCGGAGAUCAGCUUCGAAAAAUUCACGUUCACCAUCAACGGCUCUGAUGAUGCGGUCAAAGCGGCAAUGAUGGUCAUCAACCAGAUUCCAUUCGUCAAGAGAACGCCAUAUCAAAUGCGUGUCAAGAUCGAGCUGGCAAACGAGCACAAAGAAUUCGUAAGUGGCAAGAAAAACGGCAAGAUAAACAAGAUCAUGGGCCAGAGCAAUGUUCAAAUCAUCUUUGAUGGUUUCAACGAGUACAAUUUUUACAUCGACGUGGUUGGCACUCAGUACGAGGCUACCAAGAAUGGCUUGGAUCUUGUGGAGCAAGAGAUGCCGGCAUCCAUUUCAUUCCAUGUUCCUGACCAGUACCACAAGCGCAUCAUUGGCAUUGGUGGUCAACACAUCCAACGUAUUAUGAAGAAAUACUCUGUUUUCGUGAAAUUCUCCAAUGCAAUGGACCGCGGAGGAGUGGGUAAGGAUGACGAUGACAUUAAAGUCGACAAUGUUAUAUGCCGUACACCAGCACGCAAUGCACAGAGCUUGGAUCUGGUUAAGCAGGAGAUCAUGGACAUGGUUGAGAAAGCAGACGCCGAGUUCGUCUCCGAGACCGUGGUUAUCAAUAGACUCUACCAUCGCGAACUGAUCGCCAGGCUACCCGAGAUCGAGGAGUUGGAGAAGAAAUGGAACUGCAAGAUUGACUUCCCUAACACUGAACAAGCCAGUGACGUGGUCACCAUUUCCGGUCCAGAAUAUCAAGUGCCACAAGCGGUUGACGCCUUCCUGGGGAUGGUUCCAGAAAGCCACGAGAUUGCUUUUCAGAAGUCGGACGACCUGGAUGCUUUCUUCAGCAGCCCGGAGUUUUUCAACGAUCUCCGUCAGAAGUUUAGGGAUCAGUACGAAGUAGACGUGCACGCGAACCCGGAAUUCAGCAGUCUGCCAAAGUCAGCUACGGCGUCGGUUGAGCGAAUUGUUGGUCCCUCCGAAGGACGACUGGUUCUCACAUACACGCGGAACAAUGCCGGCGGUCUCAAAGACGCUAUUGACUACCUCAUAUCACAGCUGGUGCCACACGGGCUCGACGCCACUACUGUCAAGGGGGCAAUUCCUCGUCCGAAGUCCGACUCGUUCGAGGACUCGCUUCCCUUCUUCGAGUCAAAGCUCUUGCAGAAUGCGCCUUCCCUUCACUCCACUGAUUCGCCGACCCGAUCGAGCUUUGCGGAUGGAGAGAACACAUCAGGGUCCUCCGAGCGGGCCUCUCUGUUUGACCGUCUCCGGAAGCCUGGUAGCAUCUCGUCGUUCUCGUCAUUCAUGAGCCGCAAAAACCAGAACAACUCUCCCGGAACAUUCUUCAAGCAUGCAUCCUCCAACGCGAGUAAGGCAUCUCUGAUUUCCAUGGAGAGUCGGGAGAGCGGAUACAGAAAUUUUUGGAACGACAGUGGCGUCAAUCUGCCCGAGGAAGAGGUUUCCAAUUCUACACUCAGUGGUGGCUGGCCAUCACGUUUUCGAGAAGACAAGUUCCCCUUUGGCACGGGUGGCAGCAUCUCCGGAGACCGAACUCCCAAGCACGAGCCUCGCGCGAGCUUCGACUCGGGCAGGCCACCAACAUCGCAUUCUUUUUCAUCCUACCCGGCACCAAUUGGGCCGCAUCACCACAAUCAGAUCCUGAGCAGUGCGAACGGGCCUGCUAGCAAUUUGAAUCUUCCUUUACGCUAG